AUGGACGAGAAAACCUCCUAUCUCAGUUCCAAAGAGGCCAAGUAUGCCCUGGGCACGCACCGGGGGCCUCUGCCCACCGAGGGCUACGAAAUCGAGCAUAUCGAGACGGCGAACUCCAUCUCGUUGGAGCCGGUGAAGCGCACGCGAUCACAGAACUUGCGUCGUCAUUGGGCGCGGUUCUGGUGUUGUUAUGCGUUUUGGGGGAUUAUCGGGCUGGCUAUUUUUCUUCCCAUUUUUUUCCUGGUGAUUAUCCCCGCCAUCGCUCAACGAGUCGUCGAUGGGUCCACCCUUCUGCUCGUGCACGCCGACGUGCUUCAACCCCGUCCCGACUCUAUCAUGCUGAGCAUCAAGUCGGCCCUGAACUUGCCCAUCAAUCUCCCUGUGCGCAUCGACCCCAUCACACUUAGCCUCUUCAACCGCGACCUCCCCGGGAAUAACACCUGGGGAAAGUUGUAUAUGGAUGGGACCAAUAUCAAGGGCAACUCGACCCUCAGCGUGACCAACCAGUACACUCCGUUGAAUGUGUACCAAUGGACGCAGUAUGUCCGGGGGACGGUGUUCGAUGCACAUGCCCCGUUGUCCGUCAAGGGAUCCACGACGGCGUAUAUCGGGAAAUUGAAGUCGCGUGUCACCUUGAACAAGAACAUUCCUCAGAACACACUCAACUCCUUCGCCGGCUUCUCCAUCUCCAACCCGAAACUUCUCCUCCCUGCCGAAUCAGACGGAACUAAUCUCGUCGCCAAUGCAACUCUUCCGAAUCCGUCUGUGAUGACUCUGGAAAUUGGCACAACAACCCUCAACCUCCUCAGCGGAAACCUCAUCCUCGGCAACGUCACCCUCGAUAACCUCACCCUCACGCCCGGAAACCACUCCACUCCUGUCCGCGGCAUCUUCGACCUCGGCAAACUCAUCGAAAAUCUCGGUCCUAUCCUCAAGGAUCAAUCCGAAUCUCUCAAAUCCGGAUACCUAAGUCUCACGACCGUAGGCACGGAUGUCACCUACGACGGCGUCCAAGUGCCCUACUACACGGAAGUCAUGAAGAAUCUGACCAUGACGGCCAAAGUACCUCUGGGACAAUUGGUUAUGAAUACCCUGAGGGGGAUAUUGCAUCCGAAUGGUACGAAUCCGUUCAAGGGGUUGAAUAUGACGACAGAUGAUGGGGAGACGUUUACGGUGGGGGAGGAUGAGGAUGAUACUAGUGGGGGUUUAGGGAGACGGGCGGUGGAGAUGUUGGGAGAUGAGGAGAGGAGAGGAGAGGUGGUGGAUGUUUUGAGGGGUUUGUAUAAAAAAGGGAGGGAGUUGAAGGGGAUGUGA